CGCUCUCUUUUGCGCUGUCUCUUCCUCUUUCUUCUCUCUGUUGUCAGUCAUGGUUUCCCACCUUGUCACCACCAGCCGAAAUAUAGUUGGAAUCGCAGGGAAUUUCAUCUCGCUCUUCCUGUUCUUGUCUCCUUUGCCAACUUUUGUUCGAAUAUGGAAGAAAGGGUCGGUAGAGCAGUUCUCCCCGGUGCCAUACCUAGCAACCUUAAUCAAUUGCAUGGUCUGGGUGGUUUACGGUCUGCCGAUGGUGCACCCUAACAGCUCCCUGGUUGUGACCAUCAAUGGCACCGGGACUGCCAUUGAGCUUGCAUAUCUCACCCUCUUCCUCAUCUUUUGUCAUGACAAGAAAAAAAGACUCAAAGUGGUGCUGAUUGUGCUGCUUGAACUCAUUUUCGUCGCGGCUCUCACUGCUCUCGUUCUUAUCGUAGCUCACAACACUCGACGCCGCUCCCUCGUCGUCGGAAUUAUGGCUAUUCUGUUCAAUAUCAUGAUGUACGCCGCCCCUUUAUCCGUCAUGAAACUGGUGAUCACGACGAAAAGUGUGGAGUAUAUGCCGUUUUUCCUCUCAGUGGGUUCCUUCGCCAAUGGUGUUGCUUGGACUACUUACGCUUUCCUCCCUUUCGACCCUUUCAUCGCUGCUUCUAAUGGAUUAGGGACAUUGUUCAGCUUAGCGCAGCUGUUGUUGUACGCCACAUAUUACAAGUCCACAAAGAGAAUAAUAGCAGCAAGGCAAGGGGCCAAGAUGGAGAUGAACCUGUCGGAGGUGGUCUUCAACGGAGACAAUAAUGACCCCAAAAAGACCUCCACAGCACCUUAGUGACCCACCUUUGAGGCAAUAAACAUGGUAAAAUAUACUAUUCGUCACUGAAUUUUACUCUCUCUCUUAUUUUACUCAUUGUACUUUUAAUUUUUUUUAAUUUACUCGCUGAACUUUUGAAUUAUUCCAGUUUUACCCCUAUAUUAUAU